AAGGAAACAACAUACAUGCAGGUAAAUGAAGAGAGAUAUCAGCGGUCAGAGAAGAUGAUCAUCUGAACACAGAAGAAACAGAAUAUCAUCAUGUCCAGAAAUGACGGCAGAACUUUGGGCAUCAAUUGCAGAAGUCAGAGCAAAGACACAAACCCCUCUGAGAUGAGUGAUUUGAGAAUUGUUCUUCUGGGGAAGAAUGUAUCAGAAAACAGCAAAGUGGGAAACUUCAUCCUGGGUGCACCAGCUUUUCAUACUGAAGCAUCUUCAGAAUAUUUACAGCAGCACAGUGUGAGAAUCAGUGCAAUGGUGGAGAAGAGACACGUCACAGUCAUCAACACUUUUCACCUGCUACAGCCAAAUCUCACACAACCUCAGAUCAAACAAAGAGUGAGAGAGUGUGUGUCUCAGUCUGCUCCAGGACCUCAUGUGUUCAUACUUGUUCUGCAGUAUAAAGACUUCAGUGAGAACGACAGAAACAGAGUGAUAAAUGUGCUGAAACUCUUCAGUGAUCAGGCCAUUAAACACACCAUAGUGCUGACUACUGAUGAAGAGACACAAGACUCAAUGGGUUUCGAACCAAGAGAGAAUGUCUUCAUUCAACAACUAACUGCAGAGUGUGGAGGACGACAUCUUCAGUUUAAUAAAAAUCAACAGUCAUUCUUCUCUGAGUUCUUCACAGAAGUAGAGAAGAUAAUCACUGCAAACAAAGAAUAUCUCAAAUGUGAAGGAAGUAUGGAAGCACAAACAUCAUCAGUGGAUGAAGAGAACAGCAGAUCUUCAGCUUCAGCAGAGCUGGAUUCUGAUCAUGAAACUGAGGAUUCAAUAGAUGAUUGUGAAUGCAGGAUUGUUCUGCUGGGUAAAACUGGAGUUGGAAAGAGUGCAACAGGAAACACCAUCUUGGGAAGAAAAGCAUUUAAAGCAGAAACAUCUCAAAUCUCAAUAACUCAAGAGUGUCAGAGACAAACAGCUGAAAUCAACGGCAGAAACAUCACUGUGAUUGACACUCCAGGACUGUUUGAUACUAAACUCAGUAAUGAAGAGAUCCAGAGAGAAAUGACUAACUGCAUCUCAAUGAUACUGCCAGGACCACAUGUGUUCCUCUUACUGAUACCAGUGGGACGAUUCACUCAAGAGGAGGAAACAUCAGUGAAGAUAAUACAAGAGACGUUUGGUGAACACUCUUCAAUGUACACCAUUGUGCUCUUCACCAGAGGAGAUGAUCUGGAGAAUAAAACUAUUGAAGAGUACCUGGGAACACCUGGAUCUGCUUUGAUGAAUCUCAUUGAUCGAUGUGGAAACAGAUUCCAUGUGUUCAAUAAUAAGACUGAAGACCGCACACAAGUUUCUGAUCUACUGAAGAAAAUAGACGACAUGGUGAGAGCAAACGGAGACAGUUACUACUCAUGUAAGAAGUUCAGAGACAUGGAGAGAGCACGACAACAAAAAGAAAAGAAGAAGCUGAUGGAGAGAGUGAAGCAACUGAUCGGAGAGAAAGAAGAUCUUCAGUCCAAACAUGAAGAAGAGAGAAAGAGAAGAGAAGAGGAAUUUAAAACAGAGAUGAAGAGAGAACGAGAGGAAUGGAAGAGACAGAUUCAAGAGGAAAGACAGAGAAGAGAGGAAGAAUUUAGAGAGAAAGAUGAACAGAAUAAGACAGAGAUGAAGAGAGAACGACAGGAACGGGAGAGACAGAUUCAAGAGGAAAGACAGAAAAGAGAAGAGGAAUUUAGAGAGAAAGAAGAACAAUAUAAAUCAGAGAUGAAGAGAGAACGACAGGAACGAGAGAGACAGAUUCAAGAGGAAAGACAGAGAAGAGAAGAGGAGGAAGAGAGAAGGAGAAAUAAAGAACAAGAGAUGUGGAAUGAAUAUAAUAAGAGACUUCAACAAGAGAAUGAGAGAAUGAAGAUGAUGAUGGAGGAAGAGAAACAGAAUCGAGACAGAAAGAUAAAGAGAAGAGAAGAGGAAUUUAGAAGAAUAGAAGAAGAGUAUGAGAGGAGGAGAAAGAUGGAUAAUGAAAUGUGGGAUGAAUAUGAUCAGAAACAUAAACGAGAGAGAGAGAGAAUGGAGAGAGAGAAAGAAGAUCUUUUAUUCAAACAUAAACAAGAGAAAGAGAGAAUGAAGAUGAAGAUAGAGGAAGAAAGAAAGAAUCGUGACAAAGAGAAGAUGAAUAUAUAGAAGGAGAAGAACAAUAUAAGAGACAUUACAGAAAUACAGAAACUUGAGAGAGAGAUGAGAGAGGAUAUGAAGAGAGAACAACAGGAAUGGGAGAGACAGAAACAAGAGGAAAGAAGAAGAGAAGAAGAGGAAAAAGAAAAACACAAAUCUAUUGAACUUUAUGAGAGAAAACCAAGUCCAGAGGAUGAUGAUUCGGGAUGUCUGAGGAUCUUUCUGAUUGGGAGGACAGGAGAUGGAAAGAGUGCAACAGGAAACACUAUUCUAGGAAGGAAUGAGUUUCUGAGCCAAUCUAGCCCAGAUUCUGUGACGAAUGAUUUUCAGAAGGGCGUUGGUGAAGUUAAUGGUAGAAAAGUAGCUGUUGUUGAUACUCCAGGACUCUUUGACCCAACACUGUUAAAUGAACAAGUGCAGGAAUGUGUUUCACUGUCAGCACCUGGACCUCACGUCUUCAUCAUUGUGGUGAGAGUAAAUACCAAAGAGAAGAUCCCCACUAUCGAUCUGAUAAAGAAGAUGUUUGGUCCAAAGGCAGCACAGUUCUGCAUUGUUCUCUUCACUAGAGGAGAUGAACUUAAAGAUGAAUCUAUAGAAGAUUAUGUGAAGAGAAGCAACUCUGCAGAACUCAAGAAACUGAUCUCAGACUGUGGAAACAGAUUCUUGGCUUUUAAUAAUGAAGAAAAGGAAGAUUGCACUCAAAUUACUCAGCUAUUAAAUAUGAUAGAAGAGGUUAAAGAAUCUAAUCAGGACCGAUUCUUCACUAAUGAGAUGUUUGAGUAGGCGGAGAUUAAAAAGAAAAUAGAAACACUGAAAGAGAAAGAGAAAGAAAUUCAGAUUCAAAUUGAGGAGUUAAUAGUUAGAAAAGAGAUGGAAAUGGAAAACACGAGAGAGAGACUGAAGGAAAAGAAACAAAAGACAGAUGAGGAAAAAGUACAACUGGAGAACAAGUUCAAAGAAAAAGAGGAAACUCUCAGAAAAACAUUUGAACAGAAAGAAAAAUCUGAAAUAAAAAAUCAAGAGUUAGAAGACCAGAAACGAUCAGAAGAGGAAAAACUGCAAAAAGCUGAAUAUGAUGAUAAAAUAGAAAAGAUGAAAAGAGAGAUUGAACAUCAGAGAUCACAGCAUGAAUAUCAGCAGAAAGAAAGAGAAGAGGAGGAUGGAAAGACAGAAGAGAAAUACAAACAGGAUCUAGAAAAGAUGAAAAAUGAUCAAGAACGCAUCAUGACAGAGAUAACAAUGAGACAAGAAGAGGAAAAUAAAAAGAGAGAUUUGGAGAUUCAGGAAGUAGAGAAGGAGAGAAAAGAUUGGGAGAGAAAAAUAAAAGUGACUGAAAAUGAGAAAAAAGAGAUUCAAGAGGACAUUAAACGACAGCACAGAGAAUGGGAGGAGGAAAUGAAAAGAAAGAUGAGAGAACGAGAGGAAGAGGACAGAGAGAGAAAAGAUAAAGAUGAAGAAGAACUGAGAGAGAAACAACAGGAACUGGAAUAUAAAAGAAAAACAUUUGAAAGAGAGAGAAAAGAAGAAAGAAAUAUGAGUCUGGAGGAGAGACAGCGAUGGGAAGAGAAAGAGAGAGAAUAUGAAGAAAUGAAAAUAUAUAAUGAACGUCUGGAGCGACAGAGAAAAAUAGAGUAUGAGAGAAGAAAAUGAGAGAAUGAUGAGAGAAGAAAACAGAAAAGAAGGAGAUGGGAGAAAAUGAUUGAAGAUCUUAAACAGGAGCAACGAGACGAGAUCAAGAGAAGAAAUAAAAGAGAGAGAGAGAACACAGAAAGAGCAGAAAAACAGCAUGAAGAAAUGAUAAAGGAAUACGAUCAGAAAAUAAAGGAGAUGAAAAAACAAGAAGAUGAAAUCAGAAAACAAACAGAGUUCAUGGAGAGAAAAAAGCAAAUCAUUCAAGAGCUCAUUGAAAAUCUUAAAGAACAGAGAGCGAGAUGGUGUUCUGUCAUGUGAAUCAUUUGUAUAAUUUGGAUGUUGCUGAUCAAUAAGCCAAAUAAAUGGCACUUGUCUUUUGAAUGACAUGUUCUGUAUGUGUGAAGGGUUUCUCUGUAUUUCUUUUAUUAUAUCUGCACUUAAUCAGCUGAUCACAUCCGCUCUUAAAGGGCCCCUGUCUAAUCAAUGGUGAUGUCUACACUGGAAGCAUACGUUGUGGUCCAUCACGCCGACAGUAAACGGGUGUCCCGUUCCAUUUUGUGUGGUGGCACUGCUACUGCCAACAACGCAUUCAGUGUAGACAAGGUGUAAUGCUGUCAUUUUCAGCUCAUUAUGAAGACCUUGAUCAGGGUAAACUGUGUAUGACAGCUGUCCAACAGAACAAGAUUUGAAUAGUCUUGCAUUAAAACAAUUAUUCACAAUUAUCUUUCUGUUGAUGAAACAGAACAUGAAUUACACCAGACUUUCAAAAACAAAUAAAUACUAUUGGAAUUAAUUUGCUAGAAGAUUCUGUAAAUUUAUAUUUUCUGCCAAUUCUUUCAUAUGUCAGGCUUUACAGGGUUAAUGAUAGUUUUAAAAGAAAUGUCAGUUUACUCACUGAAUUAUUAGUACAAUGUCCACAUUAAUCUAUAUUAUUCUGAAAUGAAACUGUACUUUCACAUAUUCAUUUAUUUACUGGUUUAUUUUAUCCUCAUUCACAACAAUCAUGUGACGCUGUUUGUCCAUCACCAGUGAGAUUCUGAAAACUUUCAACAGUAACUAAACCAUACAUUUAAACCAUUUUACAAUACAUACAAAUUAUAUUUUUAAUCAUUGUUUAUAAAGUCAUUAUUGUUCAUAAUUAAUCACCUCAAUGUGUCAGAUCACUUACGGAUAAACUUACAGCAAGGCCGUAAACAUGUCUUGAACACUGAACCAAACCAUUUUGGGGGUCAUGGGUGUUGAGGUCACACAUAUAAUGGUCCUUUUUGGUGCUUUAAUAUAGUAAAGGCGCUGAAUGCAUGAAUUUUAUUCCAAAAUUGUAUAAUUUUUGGUUUUAAAAGAAACAGGUUUUUUUUUUUUUAAGUUCACACAGUUCAAGACAAACACUGUGUCUGCAUUGCUAACAAUUCACCUGUUUCUGUCAUCUUUUCUUACUUUAUUUGUGCUGUAUCAAAGAAAAGACGAAUAUAAUUACAAUUUCUUUUCAUCUUUCAUGUGUCUGUAAAAUGACAUGACUGUGUCAGCUGACUAGCAAUAAAUAAAAUA